AUGAAGAUGGGAGAGUCUGCGGCCAAGGAGAAUGAGAACCCAUGCGGUUUGGAAACGGAGUUAGCAGAGAUAUCAAUGUGGCUGAUGAAAUGCCCUUCUCUGGCCGCUUCCUCUCUAAAGUCUCUUCCUUCACCGGUCGAUCCGUACCUUCCUGUAGCCAAACUCAUAAUCUCCAUAGACUCUCUCGCUUCUGUAGACGAUGAAACCAAAGUUGCAAUGGAACUAACGCGAGAUGAGUUUGGAAACACUCCAAAACGUUAUGCUUUGGAAAUGUCUACAGAUUGCAUCCCCAUGCUUGUCUUCAGCGAGUCUUCUUCACAUGGAGAAGGGAAGAAGAUUAAAGGAACUUAUGAGCUGAAGGUUGAGUACAAGAUUGUCCCCCAGGAGUAGAGGAACUCUCUGUCUCUCUCUCUCUCUCACACAAUGUCUCUUUCAUGUUUUAGAAAUAAUAACUUUUGAUUUCUAUAAUAAAGGCUAGCUAGUUAGUUGCUUCAAAUGUAACUGCUGACCUUGACUGUAAUAAGAAAGAAAGGUUCUUUCACAAGGGGGACAACACCCUCUAUCGAUAUGCACUUGGUCAACC